CCGUGGCACAGUGACACAGCUGCGAAGGGAGUUAUAGGAAAAAGGCAGACUGAAAAUUGGACAUUGCAUGCAUAUGUUUAUACUACAGUUUAAGAUACGCUCAAAAUAUUUAGAAAAAUGCCAGGAAUGAUGGAUAAAGGGUCGGAAUACUUGGGCAAAGGUCGCUCGAAUGGAACGAAAAGUCCGUCGAAUGCAUCGAAUGGGCAUUUUUCUGAUGAGAGUGGCAGUGACGACGAGCACGAUGUCGGAAUGCGCGUGGGAACCGAUUAUCAAGCCAAUAUUCCAGAAUAUGAUCCAGGUUCUACAAAGUACACUGAUAAAGAUAACGGAGGAAUGCUGGUAUGGUCUCCAUAUCAUGCAAUUGUGGACUCCAAAUUGGACGAAUAUAUUGCCAUUGCAAAAGAGAAGCAUGGAUAUAAUGUUGAGCAGGCACUUGGGAUGCUGUUCUGGCAUAAGCACAACAUUGAAAAGUCUCUUGCAGACUUGCCCAAUUUCACCCCCUUCCCCGAUGAGUGGACAGUUGAAGAUAAAGUUCUGUUCGAGCAAGCCUUUAGCUUCCACGGAAAAAGCUUUCAUAGGAUUCAACAAAUGUUACCGGACAAAUCCAUAUCCAGUCUUGUGAAGUAUUACUACUCUUGGAAGAAGACCCGGUCCAGGACCAGCUUAAUGGAUCGCCAGGCAAGAAAGCUAGCAAACAGAAACAACCAAGAUGAGAGCGAUGAGGAGAUGGAGGAAGCCAACCCUGUGGAAGCAAAUGAUAGCGAUUAUGACCCAACUAAAGAAACGAAGAAAGAGAGCCACUCGGAGCCCCAGACGCUGAGUUCCAAGAUAGGGAUUGGCCGGCGGGAGCACCAAACUUUGCAGCACCGCCACCACUCGCAACGGUCCAAGUGCCGCCCGCCCAAAGGCAUGUACCUGACCCAGGAGGACGUGGUGGCUGUGUCCUGCAGCUCCAGCGCUGCCAACACAGUCCUCCGGCAGCUAGACAUGGAGCUGGUGUCACUUAAGAGACAGGUUCAAAAUGCAAAGCAGCUAAACAGUGGUCUGAAACACAGGAUGGAGGCAGGUAUUGAUGACCUCAGGUUGCCAGAGUGCAAUCAGAAAGUCAACGCCCGCUGGACAACUGAUGAACAGCUUUUGGCCGUUCAAGGGGUUCGGAAAUACGGCAAAGACUUCCAGGCCAUUGCAGACGUUAUCGGUAAUAAGACCGUGGGCCAGGUAAAGAACUUCUUUGUGAACUACCGUCGUCGCUUUAACCUGGAGGAAGUGCUGCAAGAGUGGGAGGCUGAGCAGGGAACUCGUCCUCCCAAUGGCGAUGCUGCCACAUCUGGCGAGGAGGGGAAGACCAGCUCCAACACUCCUUCUGGGAAGAGUACGGAUGAAGACGAGGAGGAGGGUCAGGUGAUGCCCUCUUCAGGCCCCUCCCCUGUGGCCCCAUCAGCAGUGACAGCUCAGACCCUGGUGACCUCCACAGCCUCACUCAACCAGCCCCCGCCGCUCCUGCGGCCCUCGCUUCCGGCAACCCCAGCCCUCCACAGGCAGCCCCCACCUCUCCAGCAGCAGGCCCGCUUCCUCCAGCCCAGGCCCACCCUCAAUCAGCCUCCCCCGCUCAUCCGGCCCUCCAACCCCUUGCCCCCACGCCUGAACCCACGACCGGCAGCACCGGCACCCCCUACCACAUUAGUGGGAACAAGCCCAGGCUCUGCCCAACAGCCGCCUAAUUUGGUGGGUAUUCAGUCGGAGGCCAACUCCUCGUCAUCGCUUCACUGAGCAUGCUGUAGAUUUUUCAAGUAAAAAGUGUGAAGUCACCCGUCAUAGAUCGUUUUUUCAUUAUUUUUUUGGGGGAGGCCAAUGAUUUAUUAUGCUGGCAGCGGCUAUAAGGAGAAUAUUAAGGUGAAUAUUAAUGAGAUUUAAAAACCUUGUGGGAUAAUUAUGUAAUGUAAAGUAGGUUAGCCAUCCUGUCUCUGCAAUGUUUUAUUUAUUAAAAAAUUAUGUGUUUGCAUGUACAGUAAGAAAUUUAAGAGUUGAAUUGUACUCUAACACUGACUAAACUCAAUGAAAUACAUUAAAUAUGUAAUUGAAGGCACUAAGAAGGUGUAAGUAUCACAAAAAAUUGUUCUCAACUGUCAAUAAUGUCAACACUUCUGCGCUUGUUUCUUUUAUUGUUACACUGAUAUAUAUUUUUUAAACUAAUUCUGUGUCUUAUCCCAUUAUUUAUUUUUCUACUUGGUGCUAUGAACUCCACUGGUUCUUGCCUGUGUUCAGUGUAAUAAACCUGUGUAAGUGCU